AUGGGAAACCCAACGAUAUAUUUGGAGCACGUUUUUCGCCGGGUUCCCGGGCCGCGGGAGGAGAUACUCAUCGAGAAGAAGAUGAGCAACCCAUGGUCAUGCCGCCACAUCAACUACAAUGUUCGUAAUACAUCAAACUUCAGAAGGUGGUGUCGAUGCUUCCUCUUGAUGACCGGAUGGUGCAUAUUUGUUGGACUCUUGCGCGAUCGACUAGCCUUCAUCUGUGGACCUACUGCAACGACAAUUGAGGAGAUGACGGCGGCAAGAUUCAUUCCUCCACAGCAGAUAUUUCGUCCCAACGUUGUCAUCUUCCUUGAAGCCGUGGCAGCGGCCGGUGGCGCCUGGGCUUUAACCCAAGGCAUCACGAGUUCAAGAUCGUCUCGAGAGAAGAUGGAGGGAAUUGCACAUGCAUCAACAACAGUAGCGGGCAUGAUUCUCAAAGGCGCCAAAUCUGGUGAUAAAAAGCGAGCGAAACUGCAACUCCACGUCUUCAACUGCCUUGCCUUGAUCACCGCCUAUCCUGUAUGUGUCUUGCAUCGAUUAUGCGGCAAUACCCUUGACCCUUGCGUGGUAGCGCGGUGCAACCGGGCUGCAAAAAGACUUCAACGGUUGCGCCCAAUCGAAAAGGACGACCCUGAGACUGAGAGUACGAUUAGCACCUCGAGUGUUACCUUUCAAGAGUACACAAGAAACGAGAAGAAACACUUCUUUGAGAUGCUAUCCCUUCAACUGGAACGGGAGUUUCGAACCUCUUUUUCACAACCCAAGCUACCGUCAAUGGCGUCCCACCGAGUCUUGUUCAAUCUCCGUAACCACAUAGAUGACCUCUCCGAUUCAUUCGACCUAGGGGCGGUUAGACCGCCAAUCCUCCGUGAAAACGCCGACAUAAUGGGCGGGGCUGGGCGAGAAAGCUCCGCCUAUGCUUACAGAGAUCAUACAACUCCCACUGUCCUUCUCUGGGCCAUCGACAUCGCAACGCGUGUCCUAUGCAUUGGUCUUCCCCUUCAGACAUGUACCGUGUUAUCCUGGUCCAUGAUGGGCAGGGUAGUCUUUGAGAUCACGGGAAUCUCACUCAUCGCCGCUACGGCUUUGACGAUCCUCAGCGAGAUCUGGCGUCUAUGGGACCCCUACUCAAGAGGCAUCAAUAUGUACUCAUGGACACUUGGCGUCGCAAGGGAGAUUGACGCCAUGCUCAACGAUGUCUAUGACAGUGAUAUAGAUAAGAACAGGGGAUUGCCUUUGAGGAAACACGGGUAUAACAAUGAUAGGAACACGUCGAUUAACAGUCCUUUGAGGGAACACGGGUAUGAUGAAGGGGAUAAACCUGGGUGUGGUGGGAGGGAGAAACAUGGGGAUGAUGAAAAAGAGAUGGGCAUGUACUAUGACAGAAAUCAUUAG